GAAUAAUCGAAUUGGUCUUCUUUCCCCUUUUUCUCUCUAUCCGGGUGUUCUACAUCGACGGGCCGGCGGCACUGUCAAGAACCCUAGUUCCCUCCACCCUUCUCCAUGCUUUAACCUUAUAUGUAAACACACAAUUCAACGUUUCAGAUCGAUUUUGUAUAUACAAACUCUAUAUAUAGUGCCGGUGGUGGUGUUUCGGGGAUUUUUGCAACAAAAAGAGAAAAAUUAAAACAAAAAUGCUCGAAAACCCUACCGAUUCAUCAUCCACGGCCAACAUUGCCACCGUCAAACGCUAUGCUCCGCCUAAUCAAAGGACUCGGUCUCUCGGAAGGAGGAAGUCGGGAGGAGAUAGAUUGGAACGGGCAAGUAGUUACGGGAAUGAUGGAGAUAAAAAUCAAGUUGCUGCCUUAAGAAACGUUCCUAUCCUGGAUCAUGCAGAUCCACCACGUUUAAUUGCCUUGCAAGGAUGCUGUAGCAGUGAAGCUUAUCAACUUCUGAACAAUCGUUGGGCAGCUGCUAUGACUGCAUAUGAAAAUCCCUCAACUGAUUUUGCUGAGCGGCCUGUUAUGUAUUCAGGAAAUACGGCAUCAGCAUGGGGACAAUUCAGACUUCCUCAUCAGAUGAUUUCUCCGACAUCGGGAGUUGGACCUUCAGGCCCUCAGAUUGAUUUCUUAAGCGAACUCAGGCGAGCAUUGCGAAACUCAAAUCCCAGUUCCGACAAGUAACUAUGAACUCGAAUCCUAUCGUUUUCGGACAUGUUGAUCAGUCACUGUUGUAUGUGUUCUUAACUUUAAUUUCUGCUGAAUUUUAUGCCAAGGAUUUAUUUGUGCUGCUUUUGCUUGUUUUAAA